AUGUAUCGCCAAAUUCUCGUGCAUCCGUCACAAACACGCUAUCAGCGCAUUCUUUGGCGAGAUGAUUUCUCUUCUACAGUUUCGACGUACGAACUUUGCACCGUGACAUACGGCACAUCUCCCACGUCGUUUUUAGCCACACGAUGCCUCACAUGGUUAGCCGAGCAUUGCGCUGGCGAUUGGCCUAAUGGUUCCAAGUGCGUCAAACGCGAUUGUUAUGUUGAUGAUAUGCUUACGGGAGCCGACACGAUACACGAGGCGUUAACAAUACGCGACGAGGCGAUUAAAGUACUACGUUCUGGUGGCUUCAAGCUUGGAAAAUGGGCAUCCAGCACUCCCGAAUUAUUGGCGGGAAUCAAGGAUCAGAAUGACGCCCCGGUUGCAAUCCCCGAUAACUCUGAAUCGUCCAUCUUGGGCAUUCAUUGGAUGCACUCUAGUGAUGCAUACAGUUUCUCUUACAACCUCGGGGACAACUCCGCGAUAAUUUCUAAGCGAGUCAUCUUGUCGGAUACUUCCAAACUUUAUUAUCCUCUUGGCCUGGUAGGUCCAGUCAUCGUACUGGCAAAGUUAAUCUUACAAGAACUUUGGCAGGUGGGCAUCAACUGGGACGAGUCGGUUCCGCAGGAGCUUCACGCGCAGUGGUUGGAGCUUAAGACGCAAUUGAAUGACAUUAAUCGACUCAGCAUCCCGCGGUGCAUCAAGCAUGCUACUUCUCCCGAUUCCAUUCAAGUACACGGAUUUUGCGAUGCAAGCCAACGGGCCUAUGGAGCUUGCGUAUACGUCCGGUCGGAACUCGGAGAAAAUAAGUAUCGAACCGAGCUGUUGUGCUUAAAAUCUCGCGUGGCCCCCCUUAAAGCGCUAUCGCUUCCCCGUCUCGAACUUUCGGCGGCGUUGCUAUUAACUAGAUUAAUUUAUAAAAUUCAGUCGGCAUUCGAUUUGACCGGCAUACGAAUAUAUUUUUGGUCGGAUUCUACGAUCGUACUGAAUUGGAUAUCCUCUCCAUCGCGAAGGUGGUCGGUAUUCGUCUCACACAGAGUGGGAGAAAUUCAAAAUUAUACCAAUCCCGAGGAUUGGCAUCACGUAAAAUCGACCAACAAUCCAACGGAUCUGUCGUGCGGUCUCGACCAGCAGGAGCUAACAAACUCGCGUAUGUGGUGGCAUGGACCUAGUUUCCUUCAGCUUAACCCUAACCUCUGGCCCGAUUCCGGUUUCACGCUUUCCCUUGAGAACAUUCCCGAGCAAAGGUGGUGCGUCACGGCCGUUACCGCGUCCGAUCUUUUAAUUAUGAAUCAGUUACUGAACAAUCAUUCGGGGCUCAUUAAGGCAUGUCGCAAACUCGCAUAUUGUUUAAGAUUUUUCAAAUCGCGUCGCCCGAGCGAACCCACAAUUUUCGUGUCCCAUCAGGAGAUACUAGCCGCACUACAAAUCAUGUGCAAAUCUAUACAGCGUCAAACCUUUUUCGCAGAAUACAAGAAUCUUCAGGAAGAUCGCACCCCUCAUACAACUAGUAGCGUACUAGGUUUGUCCCCAUUCAUUUGCAGCGAUGGCUUGAUACGAGUGGGUGGCAGGCUAACAAAUUCAGAUCUCAGCCCUGACGUGCGUCAUCCAAUUUUAUUGCCACGCAAUAACAUUUUAACUCUACGCAUAAUAGAGCAAGAGCACGAGCGCAAUGCUCAUGCGGGCGCGCAGGCUACAAUGGCAGCAGUAAGGCAACGUUUCUGGCCAAUUUCUUUAAGAUCCGCCACUCAAAAGGUUAUCAGAAAUUGUGUAACAUGUUUCAGAAGCAAGCCCGUGCAAUCUGAAACGAUUAUGGCAUCAUUGUCUGCUGGGCGAGUUAAUGUUUCGCGAUCGUUUAUGCAUUGUGGCGUUGAUUACGCGGGCCCAUUCAUAUUACGAGAAUUCAAAAGACGAAACGCUCGUACGCACAAGGCUUAUUUGGCGGUCUUUGUGUGCUUCUCCACUAAGUGCGUGCAUUUCGAACUAGUCAGUGACCUCACGGCUGAGGCAUUCAUAGCCGCGCUAAAGCGAUUCGUGUCUCGCAGAGAAAAACCGUCUUGCAUUUACUCCGACAAUGGAACGACGUUCGUGGGUGCUCAUGGUCAGCUUAAAGAAUUUUUUAAUAUUUUACGUGACGACCAAACGCAAGUCGAGAUAGCUAAUUCUUUGCGGGAGCACGAAACUACGUGGAAAUUCAUUCCCCCGAACGCGCCUCAUUUUGGUGGCUUGUGGGAGGCUGCGGUCAAAGCCGCUAAGCGUCAUCUCGUUCGAAUAGUCGGGAAGACAUCCUUGACUUUCGAAGAAUUACAAACGAUUUUCUGCGAGAUAGAGGCUAUUCUAAAUUCGCGACCUCUCACUCCGUUAAGCGAAGAUCCUAACGAUCUAGGUUAUUUAAGUCCAGGGCAUUUCUUGAUUGGCACCGCACUGAAUAGUUUCCCUCAUCCAGACUUAGCUAAUGUAAAUGAGAAUAGACUAAUACGUUGGCAGAGUGUCGAACAAGCCAGACAACAUUUUUGGCGCAGGUGGAGCCAAAAAUAUCUGCAUAUCCUCCAGGAGCGAUCCAAGUGGAGAACAAACAAGGGUGAUCAGCUGAAGCCCAACCAAAUGGUGCUACUGAAGCAGCCGAAUCUAGCACCCCUCCAAUGGUUGUUGGGUCGCGUCGAAGAAGUUCAUCCAGGAACUGAUGGCAACGUGCGGACUACCACCAUCCGUACCGCAAAAAGUCUUUUCACUACACCAUUAACCAAGCUCGCUAUUCUACCAAUAGAAACUCAGCGUUCCACUUCAUGUUAA